ACAAACAUUGAGAUAAUUUAUUCUUUGCAGUCUUAUUCACGCCUAUGCAGUUGGUAGAGAUAUGGAAGAGGCACUGUCUUGUGUUAGGAAAAUGAAGGAAGAAGGUAUUGAAGUAAGUUUGGUGACUUACAGUAUAAUUGUUGGAGGAUUUGCCAAAGUAAAUAAUGCUGAAGCUGCAGAAUGCUGGUUUAAAGAGGCAAAAGGCAAACUUACAACCUUGAAUGCAAUAAUAUAUGGCAAUAUUAUAUAUGCUCACUGUCAAACAUGCAAUAUGGAUCGGGCUGAAGCCUUGGUUAGGGAAAUGGAAGAAGAAGGCAUAGAUGCUCCUAUUGAUAUUUACCAUACAAUGAUGGAUGGUUACACAAUGGUCGGCAAUGAAGAAAAAUGCCUGAUUGUAUUUCAUAGACUCAAGGUAUAAAAAAUAUGUAAUCAGCAUCUAAAAAUUCAUGUAGAGAUGCUCCUAUUGACAUAUGUCAUGAAAUGAUGGAUGGUUACUGUGGACACGAAUAUUUUGUUGGUUAAAUGACCGUGAUAUUUUUUCUUA